AUGGUUAAGUACGAACUCAGAUAUGUCAAUUUGAACGGUAAAGCCGAAGCGAUCCGUCUUCUUUUUGAAUACGCUAAUGUUAGUUAUGUCGACAAAAGAGAGGAUUAUUUAGAAUAUACAAAAAUCAAACUUGGUAAGACAUACUACAUUUUUAUAUUUGAUUGUAGAUCCACCACUUCCCCGUAUGCCCUACCUCACAGUUGAUGGAAAGUUAGAGAUUUGUUACACUAGCUGUGUAUUAGAAUACCUAGGCGACGUGUUUGGUAUGUUCUUCUAUUAGCUGAUAUUUUGAUUUUUACAGUAUUUUUUGUUUACAUGUCGUUUAAGAAUAUUAAUAAUACGUUUUGUGGUUCAGGGUUGAAUUUGCAUACAGUUGAAGAGCGUGCAUUAGCUAGAGUUUGGGGUGUAAGAUUAAACGAUUACAUAAAUGAAUUGAAACCAUUGUAUUAUGCAAAACUAUACAGCGAACAACAGCACAACGUAGGUUUUUAAAAAAUUUUAGAUUUUUAUUCCAGUUUUACAAAAUUUACAAUUACAGUUAGAAAAUGCAAUAAGUACAACGUAUGAAAAAGUAAUGAUGCAAGACUUUUGCGUUCUUAUGGAAACACAAAUAAAAUUGAACGGCUCCGGAUUUAUUGUUGGCAAAAAGGUAAUAAUUUGCGGUACUUUGAGUUAAACUCUGUUUCAUUCUGAUCCAGCGCAAACUUUUUAUCAAACAUGGAAUGAUUAUAUAAAUAUAGGCAUCAUAAAUAUAAGACUAUCAGAAGAAUACUAAAGUAAAUCGCGCUUUCCAGUGAAUCUCGGGAAAAUCGAGAUCAAAUAAAUUAAUUUUUUAAGUUUCCGCCAAAUUGGCAUUGUGUUUCAAUCCUGUAACUUACAAUUAAAGUACUCAACCUGCAGCUCUCAGAAUUAGCUCAAAAUUUUUAUACAGAUUCUUUGUAUUACUAGUAGCACAUGUAAAAACUCUUUGCUUGCGGUUCUGUUUCAAUAUUAAUAUAGUUAAAUUUUCCGCCAGUUUGGCAAGUUUGGCAUUGUGUUGCAAGCAUUUUUUUAUGUUCCCGAUAAGAUCAGCUGGUAAAUUUAAAUUGCAGGUUCUUUUGAAGCUUUUCUAUCAUUAUAUCAAAGAUAAAUAGUUAAAAGUCAAAAAAUGAGGAAGUUAAAAGCUUGAAACACUAUGCUAACUUGGCGGGAAAUUCAAACGCGAUUUUUUGUUCGCGAUUUUCUCAAGCCUGACCACAAACCACAACUUAGAAUUUUGCGUAGGAUCUUACAUUUACAUGAUCUCACAAUUAUAAUAAAACAAUUUAAACGAAAUUUGAGCGUUGUAGUUCGGGUACCUUCCUUGUUAGUAAUUUUUUGAUUUUUUAUUGUUUUUUGAUAUACUAGUAGAAAACCUUUCAAUUGACCUACAAUUUUUAAUUUUAAGCGUAGCUUAUAUGGGAAAACCAAAAAAGUGUUUGAAACACAAAAUUUACCGAAUUAGCGGAAAACUUAAAUAAUUUCCCGUCAAAACGUCCGGCCUUGUAUAUGACCUAUACUAAUGGUAACUAAUAAUUUAGCUGUCUUGGAUUGAUUUCUAUGUGGCUCACUUUGUGGACAUGAACAUGAAACUGGUUCAGAAUGCAGAUUAUUCAAGGUUUCCAUAUAUUUUGAAACACAAGAACAUGUUCUUCAAGCUACCACAGCUUACUAAUUAUUUAAAAAACCGUGUACAAGAAAUUUUGUAA